CAUUCCUCUCAGCCAGAUUAUCACGCUGAAUUUUCACCCAAUUUCCACAAUUUAUUUCCAAACUUAGAAGUUGAACUAGGCUCGUCCAAAAGUGGCCAGAUAGGUCAAGUAGCUCCCAGAAUUUGAUAAUGUCGGGUUCAUAUCCACCUCCAAUUCUUCCUAAGCCUCCAGUCGGCCUUCCUUUCAUAGCACCUAAACCAAAUAUGCCAGGUCAGGGUGUGAAUGCAAGUCAGUCAGGCUCUAACAGUCUCGAAGAAAAACGGCAGAAUGGAGGUAGUCCGAGCCAAAGAACCGAUGCUGAAAUGUUCGAUUUAGAAAGUGAAAUUGCCAGAAGGACAAGUCAGCGAAAGCGGCCUAAAGUGGAAUACACAGAAGUAGAUGUAAAAUUAGCUAACUUGACGGACGAGGAAAUGUCGGAUGAUGAAAUCAUCAGAACCACCACAAGGGCAUCACCAGUCCCUCCAGCUAUGGAGGCUGAAGAACCACGUGAAGUAGAAGAGGAGGAUGAUGAAGAAGAUGUUCCUACAGGACUUGAGGGUGCAGCUUUCCAAAGUAGAUUGCCUUUUGAUAAGAUGACAUCACAAGAGGCAUCGUGUUUCCCAGAUGUCUCUCAGGGCCCUCCCCCUGUCCAGAAACAGUUUUUAUACAUCAGGAAUAGAAUGCUACAACUAUGGGUUGAAAAUCCACGACAACAGAUGACAUUGGAGCAUGCAAUGUCACAAAUGGACCCUCAAAAUAGUGAUCCCAAACUUGCAGCAAGAGUACAUGCCUUCCUUUCACGAUAUGGCUUGAUAAACUUUGGAAUAUACAAGGUUCUUAAGAUGCCAGCUGCAUUAAAAAAGUCACCCAAAGUGAUAGUUGUUGGUUCAGGAAUCUCUGGUCUUGCAGCUGCACGGCAGUUACAGUCUUUUGGAAUUGAUGUCACUAUUGUGGAAGCGAGGGAACGUGUGGGAGGAAGGGUAGCAACAUUCCGUAAAGGACAGUACAUUGCAGAUCUUGGAGCCAUGGUACUCACUGGGUUAGGGGGAAAUCCUUUGACAGUUCUGGCAAAUCAAAUCAAUAUGGAUCUUCAUAAGAUUAGACAAAAGUGUCCAUUGUAUGAAACUCAUGGAAAGUCGGGCCCACUUGAAAAGAAGGCCAACAGCCGGCUUGCUGCUGUGAGGGUACCUAAAGAGAAAGAUGAGAUGGUGGAAAGGGAGUUCAACAGGUUGCUGGAAGCCACCUCAUAUUUGUCACAUCAAAUUGACUUUAACUACAUGAACAGCAAACCUGUGUCUUUGGGCCAUGCCCUGGAACUUGUGAUCAAGAUGCAAGAGAGGCAUGUUAAGGAGCAGCAGAUCGAACAUGCAAAAAAGAUUCUUAAUAUUCAAGAGCAACUGAAGGCUAACUUAGCCCAGAUGGUGCAGAUUAAGGAGAAAGUCAAGCAAACUCAUAAGGAAUACCAAGAGGCCCUCAAGGUCAAAGAACCAAGGGAUGUCACAUCAGAGUUUUUGGUGAAAAGCAAGCUAAGAGACCUGAAUGCCCUUUGCAGGGAAUAUGAUGAAAUGGCAGAGGAGCAGCUUCGUAUUGAGGAGAGACUUGAAGAACUUGAAGAUAACCCACCGAGUGAUGUUUACUUAUCAUCAAGAGACCGACAGAUCCUAGACUGGCAUUUUGCUAAUCUAGAGUUUGCAAAUGCCACGCCCUUGACAUCACUGUCACUUAAACACUGGGACCAAGAUGAUGAUUUUGAGUUCAGUGGCAGUCACAUGACUGUUCGUAAUGGUUACUCUUGUCUUCCUGCUGCUUUGGCUGAAGGACUUGAUAUCAGACUCAACACUGCAGUGAGACAUGUGCGCUAUAACAGAACUGGUGUAGAAAUUGUCACCCAGAGCACAAGCAAGUCAUCAAUCACUACAACACAGAAUUUUAAGGGAGAUGCUGUGUUGAUAACACUUCCACUUGGAGUACUCAAAAGCCAUCCAUCAGGUGUGCAGUUUCACCCUCCCCUCCCAGAGUGGAAGACUGCUGCUAUACACAGAAUGGGCUUUGGAAAUUUAAACAAGGUGGUUCUUUGCUUUGAUCGAGUGUUCUGGGAUCCAAACACCAACCUGUUUGGUCACGUUGGAAGUACAACGGCGAACCGUGGUGAGCUUUUCCUGUUUUGGAAUCUGUACAAGUCACCAGUGCUUAUUGCUCUAGUGGCUGGUGAAGCUGCCAAUAAGCUGGAAAAUGUGUCUGAUGAAAUUAUUGUGGGAAGUGCUAUUGCAGUCUUAAAAGGAAUAUUUGGGAGCAGUGCUGUUCCUCAGCCUAAAGAGACAGUUGUAACAAGGUGGAAGUCAGAUGAGUGGUCACGAGGCUCUUACUCCUUUGUUGCUGCUGGUUCUUCAGGAAAUGACUAUGAUCUCAUGGCUUCUCCAGUGGCACCUCCACCAGUAUCAGGGAUGCCUCCAGGUAAUCCUGCCCCACCCAAUCCUCCCAGAGUGUUCUUUGCAGGGGAGCAUACAAUAAGGAAUUAUCCUGCCACAGUACAUGGAGCUCUUUUGAGUGGCUUGAGAGAGGCUGGCAGAAUUGCAGACCAGUUUUUGGGACUCCCUUAUGAAGUAAACAGAAUUGGGCAGCCACCCAUGACCCAGGCCUAAAGUCCUCUAACAAGUUAAUUUGUCCAGGAAAGAUGAUGUGGUGCUCAAGUUCAAGUUCCAGCUUUUAUAAUGUGAAUAUUAUCGUCAAAAUGGAUGAACUUUGUUACCUUUGUUAUGGUUUUAAGGUCAGUAUACUGUCACAGCAUGUCUUAUGUGCCAUCACAGACUUGAUGUACAUAGAGUUUUUGUUGUAGAGGACAUUGUCAAAAAUUAAUUAUAUUGUAACAAGUGGUAGGUCUUGAAGAAGUUUGAUGUUUUUAUCAGGAAAAUUUAACUUGGAGCUAAGUCACAAUCCUCUCAUUUACAUACACCUCCUAACAGUUCUCUUCAAGCAUCUUAUCAUCAAUUUACACCAUGAAGGAAACUUUUAAGGCAUAAAUUUCAAAAAACCCUACUAUGCUAGAUGGUUAAAUGUUCAUGUUCUGUAAAAUCAGUCUCAUCAAUGAAAACAGUUUUUUUGGAGGUGUGACAGAAAAAGUGGUUGGUAGUACUCUCCUACUUUAUCAACAUCUUUUUUGUUUGUUUGUUUUUAAUGUAAACAAAAACUUCCUUAAUUUAAACUUUCUGAUAGUUAGUCAUUAAUAAUAUUGAACGUUGUUAGAUGCUUAAGAAAACAUGUACAAAACAUUCUCUUUCCUUUUCAUGUUAUAUCAUCCAUGGA